AUGACUCUUACCGCCUUUGGUCUAAGUGUACAAGCGGUUAACAAGGAAGUCCUGACUGCAACUGAUGCAACCAUUUCUUGUGUUAUUUCUGGAAUUACUCAAAAACUGGACGCUGUUGCUUGGAGAAAAGAUGGAAUCGAUGUUACAACAUUCUCCGGAAGCAACUUUGUUGUAUCUGCAGGAACUUACGGUUCCAACUCUCAAACUACAACACUUACUGUAAAAGCUGCUGCUAAUACUGCUGACUCCACCUACACUUGUGCUAUCACAUCUGAUGAGCAUCAGGAGACAGACAAGGCAACUUUGGUGACAUUGAAAGUGUUCUCUGUUGUUUUCGAGGACAAGGCAGUCAUUACCGCAACCGACCAAACUCUGGUAUGUACAAUUAGUGGAUUGUCACAGUACACUCCUGUUACUUGGAUCGGACCAGACAACAACGAGAUAUCAGACUCUGACACCAACAACUAUGUCAUUGAUCAAGGCAACUAUAUUUUUGAGAGUGUAGCGACAACCCUGACCAUCAAGACCGCCAAGUUUGCUUCCCUAAAAUCAGGAGAUGUGUUCAAAUGUAAACUGAAGUCUGCUCGUUAUCCUUCUGACUCCCCGGAGGUGGUGAAGGAGAUGACUUUGACCUUACUGUCUCUAGAUAUUGAACCUACCAACAAAGAAGUGGAAAGUGGUACAGAUGCUACAGUUUCAUGUGUUAUUUCUGGUAUCACCCGACAACUUGACGCUGUUAUUUGGAGGAAGGAUGGUACUGAUGUUACAACUAUUACAACUGGAAGCAACUACUUUGUAUCGCCAGGAACUUACGGUUUCAAUUCUCAAACUACAACACUUGUUGUAAAGGCUGCUGCUAACACAGCUGACUCAACCUACACUUGUGAUAUCACAUCAGACGAGUGGCUUGUAACCUCUCGGCAGACAAAUGUGGUCUUAAAUGUUUUCGCUGUUGAACUUGUAGACAGAUCUGUGGCAACUGGAGUUGACCAAUCUCUAACAUGCACUAUUAGUGGAUUGUCACAGGACACCCCUGUUACUUGGAUAGAUCCUGAUAACAAUGAAAUAUCCAAUUCUGACACCAACAACUAUGUGAUUGAUCAGGGAACCUAUGUAUUUGGAAGCAAAUCUUCGACUCUUACCAUCAAGCAAUCCCAAUUACAAAGUCUGCCAUCAUCAUCAAUUUUCAAGUGUAAACUGACAUCCGCUCGUUAUCCAACGUACUCACCUGAUGUGUUGAAGGAAAUGACUCUUACACUCAUCGGCCUAAGAACUUACGGUUCCAACUCUCAAACUACAACACUUAGUGUUAAAGCUGCUGCUAAUACAGCUGACUCAACAUACACUUGCGUCAUAACAUCAAAUGAGCACCAGGAGAUAAAUAAACCGACUACCGUCAGGCUUAAUGUCUUUUCUAUUACACUUGACGACAAAGUAGCUACGACUGCAACUGAUCAAGAUCUUUCCUGUACGAUAAGUGGUUUAGCGCAGAACUCCCCUGUAACUUGGAUUGGACCUGACAACAACGAAAUAUCAGACUCUGACACCAACAACUAUGUUGUUGAUCAAGGAACAUAUAUUUUCGGAAGCAAGGCAUCAACUCUGACCAUCAAAACAGCCAAGUUCCCUUCUCUUUCUUCAGGAGAUGUGUUCAAAUGCAAACUCAAGUCUGCUCUCUAUCCUAAUGACUCCCCGGUUGCGAUGAAAGAAAUGGUUCUUACUCUGCUAACUCUAGAGAUUGAACUUACCAACAAAGAGGUGGAAAGUGGUACAGAUACUACAAUUUCAUGUGUUAUUUCUGGUAUCACCCGACAACUUGACGCUGUUGUUUGGAGAAAGGACGGAACAGAUGUAACGACUUUGUCAGGAAGCAACUAUGUUGUAUCUGCAGGGACUUACGGUUCCAACUCUCAAACUACAACACUUACUGUAAAGGCUGCUGCUGUUACUUCUGACUCAACAUACGCCUGUGCUAUCACAUCUGAUGAGUGGCUUGAGACCAACAAGCAGACUAAUUUGAUCUUGAAUGUAUUCGCUGUUGAAUUUGUAGACAGAACUGUGGCUACUGGAGUUGACCAAUCUCUGACAUGCACUAUUAGUGGAUUGUCACAGGACACCCCUGUUACCUGGAUAGAUCCUGAUAACAAUGAAAUAUCCAAUACUGACACCAACAACUAUGAUAUUGACCAAGGAAAUUUUAUAUUUGGAAGCAAAGCAUCAACACUAACCAUCAAGCAAUCCAAAUUACAAAAUUUACCCUCAUCAUCAAUCUUCAAGUACGUACAACCGGUUAACAAGGAAGUCCUUACUGCCACUGAUGCCACUAUCUCUUGUGUGAUUACCGGCAUCACCCAGCAACUUGACGCUGUUGUUUGGAGAAAGGAUGGAACCGAUGUAACAUCUUUGUCAGGAAGCAACUAUGUUGUAUCCGCAGGGACUUAUGGUUCCAUCUCUCAAACUACAACACUUAGUGUUAAAGCAGCUGCUAAUACAGCUGACUCAACUUAUACAUGUGUUAUUACAUCAAAUGAGCACCAGGAGAUAAAUAAAGCGACUUCUGUGAAACUGAAUGUGUUCUCUGUUGCUCUUGAAGACAAAGUAGCCACGACCGCAACCGAUCAAAAUAUUAUCUGCACGAUCAGUGGGAUAUCACAAAACACCCCUGUUACUUGGAUAGGACCUGAUAACAACGAAAUAUCAGGAACUGACAUCAACAACUAUGUCAUUGAUCAAGGCACUUAUAUAUUUGGAAGCAAGGCGUCAACUUUGACUAUCAAGACAGCCAAGUUCGCUUCUCUAUCUUCAGGAGAUGUGUUCAAAUGUAAACUGAAGUCUUCUUUCUAUCCAAAUGACUCUCCAGAUGUUGUGAAAGAAAUGGUUCUCACUCUGCUUACUCUUGAUAUUGAACCAACAAACAAAGAGGUGGAAAGCGGAACAGAUGCUACAGUUUCAUGUGUUAUUUCUGGUAUCAACCAACAACUUGAUACAGUUGUCUGGAGAAAGGAUGGAGCCGAUGUAACAACUUUGUCAGGAAGCAACUAUGUUGUCUCUGCAGGAAGUUACGAUUCCACUUCCAUCUCGCAGACCACCACACUCACUGUAAAGGCUGCUGCUAAUACAGCUGACUCUACCUACACUUGUCUUAUCACUUCCAACGAGUGGCUUGUAACCAAUCAGCAGACAAAUGUUCUCUUGGACGUAUUCGCUGUUGAACUGGUAGACAGAACUGUGGCUUCUGGAAUUGACCAAUCUCUGACAUGCACUAUUAGUGGAUUGUCACAGGACACCCCUGUUACCUGGAUAGAUCCUGAUAACAAUGAAAUAUCCAACACUGACACCAACAACUACGUGAUUGACCAGGGAACUUACGUCUUCGAAAGCAAAGCAUCGACUCUCGUGAUCAAACAGUCUAAAUUAGAAAAUCUGUUCUCACCAUCAAUCUUCAAGUGUAAACUGAAAUCAGCUCGUUAUCCAACGUACUCACCUGAUGUGGUGAAGGAAAUGACUCUAACACUGAUUGGCCUAAGUAUACAACCGGUAAACAAGGAAGUCCUCACUGCAACAGAAGCCACCAUCUCUUGUGUCAUUACUGGAAUUACACAAAAACUGGACGCUGUUGCUUGGGGAAUAGAUGGCACUGAUGUUACAACAUUCUCCGGAAACAAUUAUGUUGUAUCUGCAGGAACUUACGGUUCCAACUCUCAAACUACAACUCUCACCGUGAAAGCAGCUGCUAAUACAGCUGACUCAACAUAUACAUGUGUUAUUACUUCAAACGAGCAUCAGGAGAUAAAUAAACCGACUGUCGUGACACUGAAUGUAUUUUCUGUUGUACUUGACGACAAAUCUGUCACUACUGCAACCGACCAAAAUUUGGUGUGUACGAUCAGUGGAUUAUCACAGAACUCCCCUGUAAAUUGGAUUGGACCUGACAACAACGAGAUAUCAGACUCUGACACCAACAACUAUGUCAUUGAUCAAGGCACUUAUAUAUUUGGAAGCAAAGCGUCAACUUUAACCAUCAAGACCGCCAAGUUUGCUUCUUUAUCUUCAGAAGAUGUGUUCAAAUGUAAACUGAAAUCUUCUUUCUAUCCAAAUGAAUCCCCGGAGGUGUUGAAGGAGAUGGUUCUCACUCUGCUGACUCUAGAUAUUGAACCUACCAACAAAGAGGUGGAAACUGGAACAGAUGCUACAAUUUCAUGUGUCAUUUCUGGUAUCACCCAACAACUUGACACUGUUGUUUGGAGAAAGGAUGGAACCGAUGUAACAUCUUUGUCAGGAAACAGUUAUGUUGUUUUUGCAGGAACUUAUGGUUCCAACUCUCAAACUACAACACUUACUGUAAAGCCUGUUGCUAACAAAGCUGACUCAACCUACACUUGUGCUAUCACAUCCAAUGAGUGGCUUGUAACUAAUCAGCAGACCAAUGUGCUCUUAAAUGUAUUUGCUGUUGACUUUGUAGACAGAACUGUUGCUACUGGAGUUGACCAAUCUCUGACAUGCACUAUUAGUGGAUUGUCGCAGGACACCCCUGUUACCUGGAUAGAUCCUGACAAUAACGAAAUAUCCAAUAGUGACACCAAUAACUAUGCGAUUGAUCAGGGAACUUUUAUAUUUGGAAGCAAGGCAUCAACACUCACCAUCAAGCAAUCAAAAUUACAGAAUCUUCCAUCAUCAUCGAUCUUCAAGUGUGAACUAAAAUCCACUAGUUAUCCAACGUAUUCACCAGAAGUGGUGAAGGAAAUGACUCUCACACUAAUCGGCCUAAGUGUACAACCAGUUAACAAGGAAAUCCUUACUGCCACUGAUGCAACCAUUUCUUGUGUUAUUACCGGCAUCACUCAACAAUUAGAUGCUGUUGUUUGGAGAAAAUCUGGUACCGACGUUACAACAUUCUCCGGAAGCAACUAUGUUGUAUCUGCAGGAACUUAUGGUUCCAACUCUCAAACUACAACAGUCACUGUAAAGGCCGCUGCUAAUACAGUGGAUUCAACAUAUACGUGUGCUAUCACUUCAAAUGAGCAUCAAGAAGUCAAUAAAGCGACUGUUGUGACACUGAAUGUCUUUUCUGUUGCAUUUGACGAUAAAGCUAUCUCGACUGCAACCGACCAAAAUUUGGUGUGUACGAUCAGUGGACUAUCACAAAACUCCCCUGUAACUUGGAUUGGUCCUGAUAACAACGAAAUAUCAGACUCUGACACCAACAACUAUGUUGUUGAUCAAGGCACAUAUAUUUUCGGGAGCAAGGCAUCAACUCUGACCAUAAAAACAGCCAAGUUUGCUUCUCUAUCUUCAGGAGAUGUGUUCAAAUGUAAACUGAAAUCUUCUUUCUAUCCUACUGACUCCCCGGAGGUGGUGAAUGAGAUGGUUCUAACUCUGCUGACUCUAGAUAUUGAGCCUACCAACAAAGAAGUGGAAAGUGGUACAGAUGCUACAGUUUCAUGUUUCAUUUCCGGUAUCACCCAACAACUUGACGCUGUUGUUUGGAGAAAGGAUGGAACCGAUGUAACAUCUUUGUCAGGAAGCAACUAUGUUGUAUCUGCAGGGACUUACGGUUCCAACUCUCAAACUACAAUACUCACUGUAAAGGCUGCUGUUAAUACAGCUGACUCAACAUACACUUGUUUCAUCGCUUCCAGCGAGUGGCUUGUUACCAACAGGCAGACAAAUGUGCUCGUAAAUGUGUUCGCUGUUGACUUUGUAGACAGAACUGUGGCAACUGGAGUUGAUCAAUCUCUAACAUGCACUAUUAGUGGAUUGUCGCAGGACACCCCUGUUACCUGGAUAGAUCCUGACAAUAACGAAAUAUCCAAUAGUGACACCAAUAACUAUGCGAUUGAUCAGGGAACUUUUAUAUUUGGAAGCAAAGCCUCAACCCUGACUAUCAAGCAAUCUAAAUUGGAGAAUCUGCCCUCAUCAUCGAUCUUCACGUGUAAACUGAAAUCUGCUCUUUAUCCAACGUAUUCCCCAGAAGUGGUGAAGGAAAUGACUCUAACACUCAUCGGACUAAGUGUACAACCGGUUAACAAGGAAGUCCUCACUGCAACUGAUGCAACCAUUUCUUGUGUUAUUUCUGGAAUUACCCAACAACUGGAUGAUGUUGUUUGGAGGAAAGAUGGUACCGAUGUUACAUCUUUGUCAGGAAGCAACUAUGUUGUAUCUGCAGGGACUUACGGUUCCAACUCUCAAACUACAACACUUAGUGUUAAAGCUGUUGCUAAUACAGCUGACUCUACCUACACUUGCGUCAUAACAUCUAAUGAGCACCAGGAGAUCAAUAAACCGACUUCUGUGAAACUGAAUGUCUUCUCUAUUUUACUUGACGACAAAUCUGUUUCAACUGCAACUGAACAAAAUUUGGUGUGUACGAUCAGUGGAUUAGCACAGAACACCCCUGUUACUUGGAUUGGACCUGAAAACAAUGAAUUAUCAGACUCUGACAUCAACAACUAUGUUAUUGAUCAAGGCACUUAUAUCUUUGGAAGCAAGGCGUCAACAUUGACCAUCAAGACAUCAAAGUUUGCUUCUCUAUCUUCUGGAGAUGUGUUCAAAUGUAAACUCAAGUCUGCCCUCUAUCCAAAUGAUUCUCCAGAUGUUGUGAAAGAAAUGGUUCUCACUCUGCUGACUCUAGAUAUUGAACCUACCAACAAAGAAGUGGAAAGCGGAACAGAUACUACAGUUUCAUGUGUUAUUUCUGGUAUCACCCGACAACUUGACGCUGUUGUUUGGAGAAAGGAUGGAGCCGAUGUAACAUCUUUGUCAGGAAGCAACUAUGUUGUAUCUGCAGGAACUUACGGUUCCAACUCUCAAACUACAACACUUACUGUAAAAGCAGCUGUUAAUACAGUAGAUUCAACAUACACUUGUUUCAUCGCUUCCAGCGAGUGGCUUGUUACCAACAGGCAGACAAAUGUGCUCGUAAAUGUGUUCGCUGUUGACUUUGUAGACAGAACUGUGGCAACUGGAAUUGACCAAUCUCUGACAUGCACUAUUAGUGGAUUGUCGCAGAACACCCCUGUUACCUGGAUAGAUCCUGACAAUAACGAAAUAUCCAAUAGUGACACCAAUAACUACGCGAUUGAUCAGAGAACUUUUAUAUUUGGGAGCAAAGCCUCAACCCUGACUAUCAAACAAUCUAAAUUGGAGAAUCUGCCCUCAUCAUCGAUCUUCACGUGUAAACUGAAAUCUGCUCUUUAUCCAACGUAUUCCCCAGAAGUGGUAAAGGAAAUGACCCUAACACUCAUCGGUCUAAGUGUACAACCUAUAAAUAAGGAAGUCCUUACUGCCACUGAUGCCACCAUCUCUUGUGUUAUUACCGGCAUCACCAAACAAUUGGAUGCUGUUGUUUGGAGAAAGGAUGGAACCGAUGUAACGUCUUUGUCUGGAAGCAACUAUGUUGUGUCAGCAGGGACAUACGGUUCCAAUUCUCAAACUACAACACUGACUGUAAAAGCUGCUGCUAAUACAGUUGAUUCAACUUAUACAUGUGUUAUUACUUCAAAUGAGAGUCAGGAGAAAAAUAAACCGACUGUCGUGAAACUAAAUGUCUUUGCUGUUGCUCUUGACGAUGAAGUUGUCACAACUGCAACCGACCAAAAUUUGGUGUGCACGAUCAGUGGAUUGUCACAGGACACACCUGUUACUUGGAUAGAUCCUGAUAACAACGAGAUAUCAGACUCUGACACCAACAACUAUGUUGUUGAUCAAGGCACUUAUAUCUUUGGAAGCAAGGCGUCAACAUUAACCAUCAAGACAGCCAAGUUUGCUUCUCUAUCUUCAGAAGAUGUGUUCAAAUGUAAACUGAAGUCUUCUUUCUAUCCAAAUGACUCCCCAGAUGUUGUGAAAGAAAUGGUUCUCACUCUGCUUACUCUAGAGAUUGAGCCUACCAACAAAGAAGUGGAGGGUGGAAAAGAUACUACAGUUUCGUGUGUUAUUUCUGGCAUCACCCAACAGCUGGAUGCAGUUGUCUGGAGGAAGGAUGGUACUGAUGUUAUGACCUUGUCAGGAAGCAACUAUGUUGUCUCUGCAGGAACUUACGGUUCCAACUCUCAGACCACCACACUCACUGUAAAGGCUGCUGCUAAUACAGCUGACUCUACCUACACCUGUGCUAUUACAUCCAACGAGUGGCUUGUAACCAAUCAGCAGACAAAUGUUGUCUUGAAUAUAUUCGCUGUUGAACUUGUUGAUAGAACUGUGGCUACUGGAAUUGAUCAAUCUCUGACAUGCACUAUUAGUGGAUUGUCACAGGACACCCCUGUUACUUGGAUAGAUCCUGACAAUAACGAAAUAUCCAAUAGUGACACCAACAACUAUGUGAUUGAUCAGGGAACUUUUAUAUUCGGAAGCAAAGCAUCGACUUUAAGCAUCAAGAAAUCUAAAUUACAAAGUCUGCCCUCAUCAUCGAUCUUCAAGUGUAAACUGAAAUCAGCUCGUUAUCCAACGUACUCACCUGAUGUGGUGAAGGAAAUGACUCUUACACUCAUCGGCCUAAGUGUACAACCGGUUAACAAGGAAGUCCUCACUGCAACUGAUGCAACUAUUUCUUGUGUUAUUUCUGGAAUUACUCGACAACUGGAUGAUGUUGUUUGGAGGAAAGAUGGUACUGAUGUUACAUCUUUGCCAGGAAGCAACUAUGUUGUUUCUGCAGGGACUUACGGUUCCAACUCUCAGACUACAACACUUGGUGUUAAAGCAGCUGCUAAUACAGCUGACUCAACUUAUACAUGUGUCAUUACUUCAAAUGAGAGUCAGGAGACAAAUAAACCCACUAUCGUCACACUGAAUGUCUUUUCUGUUUCACUUGACGAUAAAGCUAUCACAACUGCAACCGAUCAAGAUCUUAUCUGCACGAUUAGUGGAUUGUCAAAGAGCUCCCCUGUAACUUGGAUAGAUCCUGAUAACAACGAAAUAUCAGACUCUGACAAUAACAACUAUGUCAUUGAUCAAGGCACUUAUAUCUUUGGAAGCAAGGCGUCAACAUUAACCAUCAAGACAGCCAAGUUUGCUUCUCUAUCUUCAGGAGAUGUGUUCAAAUGUAAACUCAAGUCUUCGUUCUAUCCAAAUGACUCCCCAGAUGUUGUGAAAGAAAUGGUUCUCACUCUGCUAACUCUAGAUAUUGAUCCUACCAACAAAGAGGUGGAAAGUGGAACAGAUACUACAAUUUCAUGCGUUAUUUCUGGUAUCACCCGACAAUUGGAUGCUGUUGUUUGGAGAAAGGAUGGAACCGAUGUAACGUCUUUGUCAGGAAGCAACUAUGUUGUUUCUGCAGGGAAUUAUGGUUCCAACUCUCAAACUACAACGCUUACUGUAAAGGCUGCUGCUAAUACAGCUGACUCUACCUACACCUGUGCUAUCACAUCUGAUGAGUGGCUUGUAACCAAUCAGCCGACGAGUGUGGUCUCGAAUGUGUUAGAUGUUGAAUUUGUUGAUAGAUCGGUGCCAACUGCAGCUGACCAAUCUCUGACAUGCACUAUUAGUGGAUUGUCACAGGACACCCCUGUUACUUGGAUAGAUCCUGACAAUAACGAAAUAUCCAAUUCCGACACCAACAACUAUGUGAUUGACCAGGGAACCUAUGUUUUCGGAAGCAAAUCAUCGACUCUCGUGAUCAAGCAAUCUAAAUUGGAGAAUCUGCCAUCAUCAUCGAUCUUCAAGUGUAAACUGAAAUCAGCUCGUUAUCCAACAUACUCACCUGAUGUGGUGAAGGAAAUGACUCUUACUCUUGUUGGUCUAGGUGUACAACCAGUAAAGAAGGAAGUCCUCAUUGCAACUGAUGCAACCAUCUCUUGCAUCGUUACUGGCAUCACCCGACAAUUGGAUGCUGUUGUUUGGAGGAAAGAUGGAACUGAUGUAACAACUUUGUCCGGAAGCAACUAUGUUGUAUCUGCAGGAACUUGGGGUUCCAACACUCAAACUACAACACUCACUGUAAAGGCUGCUGCUAAUACAGCUGACUCAACCUACACUUGUGCUAUCACAUGGCAGGAAGUCGGCAAAGAAACCAUUGUGAACCUGAACGUAUUCUCGGUACUAUUUGAAGACACGUCUGUUACUACAGCCACUGAUCAAACUAUAACCUGCUCUUUGAGUGGACUAUCACAAAACACUCCUGUAACUUGGAUUGGACCUGACAACAACGAGAUAUCAAACACUGACACCAACAACUAUGUCAUUGAUCAAGGAUUUUAUGUUUUUGGCUCCAAAGCAGCGACUCUUCUCAUCAAGACAGCUAAACUAGCCACACUCUCAUCUGAUUCUGUGUACAAAUGUAAAGUAAAGUCCUCCCAGUAUCCUGAAAAUUCUCCUAAUGUUGUUACACAAAUCAGCCUGACGCUGCUUCAGUUCGAUAUUGAAGCGAAAAACCAGGAGGUCGAAAAGGCAACCAACGCUAUUCUGUCUUGCAUUAUCACUGGAAUAAGCCAACAACUAGACGCUGUUGUAUGGAGAAAGGAUGGCACCGAUGUUACAUCUUUGUCUGGAAGCAACUAUGUUGUAUCUACAGGAACUUACAGUACUAACUCUCAAACUACAACACUCACAGUACCAGCUGCUGUUAAUGCUGGUGACUCGACAUACGCUUGUGUUAUCACUUCUAACGAGUGGCUUGUCACCAAUCAGCAGACAUCUGUGUCUGCAACUGUAUUCGAGUUUACCGUGAACCCGACAGCGCAAGACUUGGUUGGCGGAGACAGUCUCUCCCUGUCCUGCAAGAUAUCUGGCAGCGCACAAGUGACAGUUACCUGGCAGAAGGAUGGAGUUGAUAUCAGCUCUGAGAACAGUAUUUACAGCCAACAAGAUAUCUUCUCAGGGGGUGUCACUACCUCUAUCCUCACCAGUGCUAAUGCAGGCACCAGUGUGAUUGGUAGUUACCAAUGUGUUGCCACGAAAGGAACACUUUCUUUGACUUCGUCACCUGCUUCUGUCUCUGUGAAAGCUCUCGAUUUCGUGAGUUCAGUGGCAGAGAGAGGAGAGGAGGUGACUUUGGAGUGCUUGUACACCGGACCUGACACCGUUACCAGUAUGGUACUAGAGGUUCAGUCACAGGGUACAUGGGUUCCUGUUCAGACCAACUCAUUUGUCACCGCAGUUAAUCAGUUGAGUACGUCCGGAGAAAAGCAAUUUAGCUCUAUCGUACUCACAGCUGACAGAGCGGUGGAAUACAAAUGUACCGCGGAGUAUGGUGGAAACACUUACGUGAAGACCGCUACUCUUACUGUUGUUGAAGUUGAGCCCGCUACCGCACAAGAGGAGUUCUUUAUCCGAACUGGACAAACUGCCACCUUCAGCAUCACCAUCAAGUCAUCACCUCCACUGGAACCAACCGUGUCCUGGACUAACAACAACUCUCCUGCUGUCAGCGGAACAGAUGAUAUGGUGUUCUCAAAAGUCUUCAACCCGUCUACGGGCGAUACCGCGGUGGUGUUUACAUACUCCGGAACAGAGGAUCAAAACACCCUGUCCGGAAGAAUGAGCUUCAGCGUGGGUGACCAGUUUACUGACUUCAACUACAACCUCCGUAUUGAUGUGUUCGAUGUAACGUUUGCACCCUCAAUCGGGGAACAAUACCAAGCAGUUGACAAGGAAAUGACGCUCUCCUGCACCGUAAGGAACCUUGACCACGGUCAAGUUACCUCAUACUCCUAUACCUACCCUGCUAGCUGCUCUAACUGCCAACCCUCCACAACCUCAACUUACACUCUAGUGAGUGCUUCCCUGGAUGAUACAGGAACGUACACUUGUCAAGCUACUCUUCAGUCCUCUACUACAUCAGCUCAGUUCCUUACUGAUCAGCUAAACCUCUUUAUUACAACAUACGAAUUGGAGUUUGGAGAUGGCACGGUAUACCGAGCAGUGGGAGGAAGUGUUGAGUUGUUUUGCUCCUUCACCAGCACUGCCACUGUUACUAGCACAGAGAUCGUUAAAACUGGCGGCUCCGUCCUCCAAACAUCUACUUCUGGAACAGUGACCACGACAGUAAGUAGUCUAACAACCACCGAUGGGACGACCUUCGCCUGUAGAGUUGUUCUGGACGAUUCUGCGGAUACAGUUCUUACAGCCACAAAACAGUUGGAAAUAUUAGAUGCACGAGUAAGGAGCAGUGAUUCCAGCAACACCAUCCCCGCUGGAACACCCGUCACUCUAACAUGUGAUUACACCUCUUCUCCCCUCACCCCUACUCUCCAGUGGCUCUUCAAAUCUUCUCCCCUCUCUUCUGAAACCAACCCCACUCUUCCAAUAGUGAAUCCUGCCGGUCCUGAUUCAGGCCAGUACAAGUGCCAAGUAACCUGGCCAGAUGACGUGGGCUCCUUCACAACACCGGACUAUAUUCUGUACAUUCGGGACGUUACCAUCUCCUCUGACGCGUGGUUCAUCGGGGCUAGCAAUCUCCAGGUAACCUUGACCUGUACUGUGUACGGGGACGAAGCCAGCUCAUCAGUCCAGUGGACCAGUGAAACCGGGGGUAGUCUGUCAGACAGUCAGAUCACCAACACAGACUACACAGAUUUCAGGACGGAGUCUGUGUUUUCAGCAGUCAGAUCUGCAGCUGAUGACAAGAUAAGCUGCUCAUUCCGUUACAUUGCUGAUAAUCAGAGAGUGGAGGUGUCAGCUGACGUGAAGUACAUUGCUGAUUCAACCAGCAUUGCUACUUUGAGCGGCGAAAACGCCGUUAAGAUCGGAGGAGAUGAACAGUUUACUUGCUCAUUCACGUACAUCGCUGGGGUGACCAUAACUCCUGAAAUCUCAUUCGGGAAUACCCCAGUCACUUCUCUCAUUUCCAACGCUCAAAUAGACGACAGUCAGACAGGUAAGUUGGUGUGGAUAGGAUCCUCUCUCUCCUCCAGUCUCAACACCCAGGAUGCCCUGGUCUGCAAGGUUUCCUACUCUUUCCCUCAGCAGAACAACUUCCUCCUUAACUAUCUAUCAGACCCGCUAAAGUACUACGUUCUGGAUCUCGAAGUGGAACCCACAUCAGUGACAGUCUUCAUAGACUCCGCAAGCAACCCAAUAGUCUGUACUGCUAAAGGAACCGAACCAGGCUCAUUUGACUGGUUCUACAGUAAUGGUGAGAAGGUGGGAGGUGUUGGGAACAUCAACACCAACUCAGAGUCUGUUGUCAAGGGCAGCUUCAGCACCAGUUCUUACUCUCAGACUCUCACUUUGACUCUGGGUGCUACUAAAGAGGAUAAGAGUUACACUUGUAAAGCAGCGUGGGGGGACGAGGAGUUGACUAGAAUCACUACUGUCACAGUCCUCGCCACAUGUCCUGUGGGACAGUUCCGAGGGGAUGGUGGUUGUGAAGACUGUCCUGUUGGUUCUUACUCCCCCGGAGGUGUUGUUAUCAAAUGUACACCGUGUCCGGACGACUUUACCACCGCUAACCCUGGUUCUUCUGAUCCUUCUCAAUGUUUCGGUCUGAAACCCCGACAAGGAGCGUUCGUAGCGCAGCAGGGUGAAGAAUUGACAAUACCCUGUAUCUACGAGGGAAGCCCGGCUGCCAGCUCCAUUACCUGGAAACAAGAUGCCACCCAACUGUCCACCACCACCACCUCCCAGCAGUUGGACCUGGUUCUGGGUAGUGUAACCAAGACCCAGAACGGGGAGUACACGUGUGUUGUGGUGUUCGGAGGAAACUCCUUGGAGCGGGUCGUGGAACUCAAUGUUCUGACUACUUUGGCUCAGCCCACUCCCAGCAGCUCAAUACAGAUUGGAGAUUCUCUGACACUGUCCUGCAAGAUAGAACCUGGGCCACCAGGUGUUCCCCCCACCAACUACUGGCAGAUGGACGGUGGAGGUCUCCCCACCGGCACUUACACCUAUAUCAGGGAGGAUGAGGACGGUAUCACCAGUUUCCUGGUCUUCUUCAGUGUUACUGGCGAUAUGGAUGGUUCCUACAUCUCCUUCAUCAGUUUCUACGACGACCAGGUUAUUAAGUCUGCUCCUGCGAUUUUGUCGGUUGAGGGAAUCAAGUCAUUCCCAACAGCCGCACGUGGGGUGGUAAACGACAAGGUUGUGAUCACGUGUGUUGCUAGUGGAGACAGCUAUGCAUCUAAUAUUAUCUGGUAUGAAGAUGGAACGGACGUAACUACAAUCGGUCUAGGAUCUAUCUCGGCACCAGUUAAAACUCAAUCGGGAGGAAAGUUUAUGACAACAUCAGUCCUGACUAUCGACUCGCUCAAACCCGAAAAUGCUGGAAACCUGGAGUGUGCUAUGGAUCUAGGAUCAAAGACAGUGCGAUCUAAACCUUGUGCUCUGGUGGUAAUCGGAAUAGAGCAGCCUCCAACUAGUAGUGAUUUCUUAAUCGGAGAGACUGGCAAACUCUUCUGUAUUGCUACAGGUCCCCCACAACCUAGUUUCACCUGGCUGAGAGACGGAGUGGAAUACACUGGUGGUGACGAUUUCGUGUCCGCCAGCGGUAACCGUUAUACCUCUUACCUCAGAAUCAGGGACAUCGGCAGGGAAGCAGCAGGAAAGUUCAUUUGUAAAGUUUCUUACGCUCCUCUCGGAGACGUCUUCCUCGGGGGAGAAAUCCAGUCUGAAGAAGUAAACCUGAACGUCUACGGUAUAAUUUCUCUAAAGCUUACCAAGACAACGGUUAACAUAGGCGAUGACGUCACGAUAACUUGUACAGCGGAUAACCAAGCGAAUCCUAAGUUCCUGUGGUACAAGAACGGGUUCGAAAUCUCAGACGGUGACAGUGAUGCCAGUGCUGCUGAACAGAUAUCAUUGACUGCCAUUCGAGGUAAAAAAGUGCUGACAGACUUGCAAGUUGCUGACACCGCUUCGUACGGCUGUGCGGUCCAAUAUGACACCCGAACCUCGGCGGAGGAGUCCACCUUUGUCACCGUGCUGGCUUCGUGCCCUGUGCUCGAGGUUCCGGAUAAUGGUCGACUGGAGUGCAGCGGCCCCGAUACUGAAAAAACUUGUGUGGUGGUUUGUAAUGACGGCUACGUCGGUCCUGGUAUAACUUACACCUGUAAUGACGGAGUGUGGGACCACGUGUCAGCUGACAACCCCACGGGAAAAGUCGGCUCUUGCAACUUGAAAGUGCUACCCUCAAGAAGGAUAGGACGAGUUGUGGUAUCGUACACUGGUCUCAGUGGUAAAGACUACUGUUCUAUUGGAAUAGGUCCCAAGUUUAUUGCUGCCUACCCGAUACAUUUGGCGAACGGCCAAUUCGCCGAAGUUUUGGCGGGAAAAGCGUACCUGUACGAUCAAAUAACAUGUUCGGGCACAUCACAAGUCAUGAGGAUUACCUUCCGGUACAUUCAGGACACAAACUUAGAAGAUGCAAACGUUCUUGUGGACCUGCUCAACGAAGUCGCACCGUAUCUUAGAACAACAACACUCGAUCUUGAUGAAUUGCUCGCUGAGGGGGGUUCCAACAGAAAGAAGAGAGAUCUACCAUAUCGUUUUAGACGAUCUGUAUUGAGAAAUAAGAGGUACAACGCCGGCCUCCCAGAAGAUGUAGAUAUCGGUAUAGACGGUAUAGUCGGUCUACAACGAUCUACCUCUAAGUUGAGAAGGAACUCAGAGUCUACAAUUAGCCAAGAAUGCUCUGAAGGAUCAGUCGGUAUUGACGGCCAGUGCAGUCAAUGUGGAGCCGGAACCUUUGCCUCAGGCGGAGUCUGUGUGCAGUGUCCCAAGGGCACCUAUCAGAGCAGCUCAGGGCAGACUUUCUGUAACAGUUGUAACGCAGGAAAAUCUACCAUCUCUGUUGGUAGCGCAUCUGAGGACAGCUGCAUAGUCGUUUGUAAGAUCCCUGAAGUGCCCUACGGAACACCAGACCCACCCGCCGGCUACCAAAUUGCAGACGGGUCUCAAGUUACCAUAACCUGUGAUUCCACCUAUAAGAUCAACAACAACAACGUGUUUACCACCACCUGCGCAUCUGAUUUACCUUCCUGUAGCUACGUAACAACAAGAGCAGAAAACAGUCAAGUAAUCGGAGGAACAAACGGUGUUCUGACGUGUCAGGUGACAUCAGGAGAUGCCCCCUCUACCUGUACUUGGUGGAAAGACAGUCAACAGGUGUCCUCUGGGAUCAGUAGUAUCUCCUCCGACGGGGACACCCACCAGUGCACGCUGACCCUACCCUCCUUCUCCUCCAACGAUGUUGCCAAGUACCAAUGUAGAGCCGUCAUCAAUGGGAACACUGAGUUAGCUGCUCGUAAUGUAGAGGUUGGAUUACUAGAGAUCACGUAUGAUACCUCAUCCCUGGCGAUAGAGGUAGGUCAGUCUGCAACUUUAACCUGCACAGUGACCAACCCUGACGAUCUAGACCUCCCUGCGGAGGUUCAGUGGAUGAAGGACGGUGAUCUACUAGGCUCCCCCAGCUCCAUGAUAUUUGAACCGGGAGUUGCAACUCUGGAUCUGAACUCUGUGACAGUAUCUGAUGCUGCCGACUACAAGUGCGUCGCCUCCUACCAGGGGAUUGGAGUCAUCACAAGCAAUCCUAAACCUGUAUAUGUCAGAGCAAUAAAGAAGGGAUUAGUAAACAAAUACGCCCGUGUCGGUGAAAACGUAGAACUGACAUGUGUUUAUGUUGGAGACGCACAGGCUUCAGUCUCUUGGACUGAAAACUACAUUGCUUACUCCAACGCAGAAAGCAUCUCCACCUCGUACAGUCCCACCAGUAAGGAGACCACCUCGGUGCUCUCUCUGUCCUCUGUCUCCACUGCUAAGAACGGUGUCAACUACAAGUGCACCAUGGUCACAUCUGACACAACCCUCGUCUCCAGUGCUCUGCUUUUCGUUAAUACCAAUGAGGGAGUAGUGAUCCCACCUGAAGACAUAAGUGCAGCGGAGGGUGAAAGUGUUCAGUUUACCUGCACUUUGGGCAACCCUGUAAUCAACCCUGUAACCAACGUACAAUGGUACAAAGUAAACUCUGCUGGGUCAGACAUCCAGCAAAUGAGCGUUAUAAACCAGGAUUUGGGGAACACCCAGUAUGAGUCUAAACUUAUUUUGGGUAACCUGGUCCUGGGGAGCAAGGGAGAGUACUACUGCAAGGCUACUUAUACUGACAACAAAGUUGUUGAAAGUGACCAAGUUACUCUCUUUGUUCAAGGGUUUGCAAUUUCACCGCAGAUUCAGAAUCCCAAGGUUGGCGAGUCAGCUACCUUUACCUGUGUCUCUAGUGGAGGUCCGGCAACUAUAACUUGGAACUUCAACGAUAAUCAGAUACCGUCCAGCUCUCUCAGUGAAGCUUCUGUGUCCUCUGGCGUGUACCAAGACAGAGACCAGACCCUGAAAUCUGUGCUGACAAUCAACUCGGCUAGCACUCAGUACGAGGGCGUGUAUCGGUGUGUGGCUGAUUUUGGAAACUCUGCAACUGCUGAAUCUGGAGCCACCUCUCUUGUCAUCUACAACAUCGAGGUGAAGCCAGAGUUCGGUAUUCUAGGAUCAUCAGUAACCCUGACCUGUACCGUCAAAUCUGACAGACCAGAACGAGUCGACUGGACCAAGGAACAGAACGUUAUUGUAGAUGCUAAUGCUAUCAGUGAUUUCAGCACCAAUUCAAAGACGACGGUGAACAAGAUAACGAUAAGCAACCUGAAAGAAUCAGAUUUCGGGAAAUACGCAUGCAUUGCGUACUACAACAGCUUGACAAGCUCACUGUUAUCCCCUGGUGUUGACCUUACACAGCUCAAAGUAUUGUCGGUGUCAGAAUCUAUCGCAAAGACUGCUGGAGAGUCCACCGCUCUGACAUGCUCCGUCAGUCAGCCUACAGGUCUGUCUGUAGAUGCUGUUCUUCAGUGGACCAAGGACAGUGUACCACAAACAGGUGCAACCGCUACUACACAAGGAACAACCCGGACUCUGUCUCUCCCCCUGAACUCCCUAACCCUCUCUCAAACCGGGGACUACAAGUGCUCUGCCACUUACCCUGGAGUGGCUGGAUCUCUGGAGACUGAUAAUGUCAAUUUGUUUGUCCGAGGCUGGGUUACCACUCUGGGAAGUGAUUAUAUUGUGGAUGGUACUGGGAGACAAUUUGUUUGUGUUGCUCAGACUGAAGCUGAACCUGUUGUUACUUGGUAUGUCGGAGGUCGAGCAAAGUCUGCAAGUAAGAACACCUACGAAAACAACCAGGUCACCAGUGUUUACGAUAUCGGUCUAACUAGAUCAGAUACCAGUAUCGAGUGUCGCGCCACCGUUAACGGGUUAACAAUCAAAACUUCCGGGACUAUCGGAGUACUCAAAAUGAAAAGCUACUCGGCAGAGGAUGUGACCAUUUUAGCUGGCGCCACCAAAGCCUUCACUUGCGCAUUUUCAAAUGCAAUGAAUCCAUCAGCUACUUGGUAUAAAAACGGAGCAGCUUUCGCCUCUGACAAGGAUAUAGAAGCGGACUACUUUAAUACGAGAACCUCAACUCUUACUAUCACCACCGCAAAUGUGGACGAUAGAGGCACUUAUUCUUGUUCGGUCGAUUACCCUGCCGAUGGAAACGGCUUCGAUGCAGGAGUACUGAAAACUCCAGGAUUCCUAAUCUCCGUUACAUCCUUCUGGGAAGCCCCUACUGACAUUUCAAUAGUGGAGAACUCUGUUGCCAGACUGACCUGCGCUUUCAUCAGCAGUGGGGAGGCGACCAGUAUCACCUGGAAAACUGGCAGCGGUGGCUCUUGGUCAGACGUUUCACAAGAUCUAUCUACGAAGAAAUACAGUAAUCUGGCGAAGGUUACGACCAGUGUCCUCACCUACCCCUCUACAGGCAGUGGACAGUACCAACAGUACAAAUGUGCAGCUGUGUACCUUGGCACUACCGUGGAGAGUGGAGUGGCUACCAUCACCAAAACAACCUUUGGAUUUACGUCUGUGUCAAACGUAGUGACACAAAACGAUACCAAUACUGAUGUGACUCUGACAUGUAACGGAGUGUUCUCCAGCAGUGGUGAUGUCUCCGUCACUUGGUUAAAGGACGGCAACAAAGCUGAUAACGGAGUAGAAAGCACCUCGGAUAUAACCGGAACAACCACUAAAUACAGCUACACGAUAAGCUCAGCGAGUGUGUCUGACACCGGCAUGUACCACUGUAGCAUGACCAGUACCAGUGCUGGCACUACCGUGAAGAGUCUCGUUAUGCCGCUCUAUGUUAGAGGUUUCUUCGAGAGCCCCGUCUUCCAGUUGAUCGACAAAGGAGGAGAAGCAACCAUGAGCUGUUUAACGUCUGGAGGUUAUCCAACGUCUAUAUCUUGGUACAAAGACGGCUCUAUCAUUCCUCCCAUCUCAUUCAACAAUAAAAUUACAACGAGAGCGAGAGAUACCAUAAAUGUAGGGUCUGAUCUGUACAUUUUCAACUCGAAACCCUCCGAUGCCGGUGUUUACCAGUGCAAAGCAAAGUGGGAUGAUGUGGAGGCUGAGUCAGAUGCAGCUUUGAUGCUUCCCGCUGAGGUAGCAAUUAGUGAGCAGUUCGGUAUUAUCGGGAGUGCAACAACCCUCCUGUGUGUCGGUAUCUCACCUGAUGGCUACAAACCCCAACUCAGUAUCUACAAUGGAGAAACUCUCCUUUCUAAGAACGAGGACCCUGACCUGCUCAGUGGCACGACGGACAGCUACAAUGUAGCCCACGUAAUAACGUCUGUGAAAGAAUCUGACUUCACGGACACGUACAACUGCAGAUUUGGGUACGACUCAGCAUCUUUGACGAGCGAAUCCUCCGAACUCAAGAAAAUAGACAUGCUGUCCAGCUCGACCCCCCAGUCAGUAGCGUACGGAGAGUCCGUGACCCUGACCUGUACCUCAACCCUUGUCUCCAGUGCUGAUGUAACCACCACCUGGGUCAAGGAAGAGUCUAGUGUGGCCAGUACUAACGAGGGACCCGCAGAGUCUGUGUACAAAGCAAGUUUAAAGUUUGACUCAGUUAGUGAUGCUGACGCUGGAAUAUACCAGUGCUCUAUGGACUACAAAAACAUUGGUGUUCUGACCUCAUCCGAUAUCAUUCUCGGAAUUGAUUCCUUCAAGACCCACCCCGAGGACAAGGUGAUGUUCGCUGGGUACGAACUUAUUUUGAGCUGUCUAAUUAAAUCUAACGUUGAUAUUCGGUGGAAAAAAGACGGAAACUUGGUCUCGGAAUCUGACUACAUCUCAGUUCAAGGCAGCAGCCAAUCCUCUUCCACCCUGACCAUCACCAAGGCAACCUCUGCCAACAGCGGAGAGUACCUGUGUGAAGCCCCGGUCAACGGCAAGAUUAUCAACACCGACCCAGCCUCUGUCACCGUGUACGAGUUCGAAUCUAGUCCAACAUAUAAAAAGGUGGUGGUUGGAAGUCCAGCAACUCUGAGCUGUUCCACCCAAUCCAUUCCAACAACUCCGACUAUCACCUGGGAGAAGAACGAAUCUGCUUUCACCCAAACAAACCUAAUCACUGAUACCUCUGAUUCCAACAGCCAGUCCUCCCGUCUGGUCCUCCCCUCCACCACACCAGAUGACUUAGGAGUGUACCGCUGUAAAGCAGAGUACCCUGCUGACGACAACAAUGUUGGAGGGAUCCUGUAUUCGGACGAAGCUGCUCUUAUUGUCCUGUACAUUGGCAUGGAGUCUGCAGCUUCUACUUCUAAUGGAAAUUCUCUCACCAUCACUGCUACUCUUAUUAACGACAAGGAGGCGACUAUUAAAUGGUACAAAGAAGGAACCCAAAUCACGUCCGGAAGCGGUAUCUAUAUCAGCCAAACCUUCCCUAACAGCUACUCAGUCGGAGAGUUCCAGUUCAUCAAAUCAGUCCUCACUAUCUCCAGCUUUGUUAGCGAUGAUGUGGGAACUUAUACUGCCGCUGCAACUGCCACUUUCAACGGAAACAAUCUUGAUGUGACUAACUCCGUAGGAACCAAAGCUGAUCUCUCCAACAUUUUCCUAACCAACGGGGUCGGCAAAGAAGGAGAUGAUGUGACCAUGUAUUGCAUGUAUGAGGGUUCAGCUACCGUUAAUAUAUUCACAUACUACAAACGGGACAAUAGUGGUGACUGGAAGGAAGUGGAUAAAAGUUUAAUCAGGAUGCUGGUAACCUACUUAUCAGUGGACACACUGGUGUCCGCUAAAACAUUGACUGGGAUGAGCGCUGCCAAGAGUGGCAGUACCUUAGAGAUUCUAAACGUGGAUAACGACGAUGAAGGCUUGUACAAAUGUUCGAUUACUGAUAUAAACAGCAUAAGAACAGAUUCGAAACAAAGUAACCUGCAGCUGAUAUCUUGGAGCCUGCCGGAGAAUAAGAUGCUGGUGGAGACAGGAGAAACAGCCAUGAUAACCUGCACCUUCUCUGGACCUUCUGUCCCGGAGAUAGAGGGACGAACUUUCGUUAGCUCUGCUUUCUCUAGUGACGAAUAUGCUUUGCUGUAUUCUAAAGAUAGCUCAACCUCUACUUCUAACAGUUUAACUAGGAUUACAACAACAGCUGUGUUCUCCAAAGUGAUCACCAAGAAUGGGCCGUUCAAGUGCCACGCCACUUUCAAGGACGAAUCAAGCCCCGGAAUUCAAUCUGAACUUGGCAGUGGCCAGGUUGAAAUUCUAGCUGCUUCAAUCGAGCUGGGAACCCACCAAUCUUCCCUCCCUGUCUACGAGGGUGUUUCCUUCACCUUCAUCUGCCAAUACAGUUUCGAGACAGCAGGCACAGUGACCAUCUCCCCAUCUGCUGAUGAAACCGUCACAGACGAUGCCAGGGAGAAUUUCAUAACCACUGGUUUCAAAAACGGCCAGUUCGGAAAAAUAACCUCGACGAGUUUCACUGGACCCUACAUCUGCUCGGUGGAGAUCGAGGGGUACACUAUUUCCAAACAGCUGGAUCUAGAUAUAAUACCUAUACCUGCUGUUCCGAACCUGGAAGAAGUGAUUGUCAGUACAGCGACUAUGAUUGGCUGA